AAAGAAAGCAUUACGGUGUCUGUGAAAAAUCACAAUUAUGCUUUUACAAGCAACCAAUCGUAGCAGUUUACGCUACUCUUGCACGCGAAAAGUGACAGCGCAGCGGGAAUUAUUCAUGGAGAAAAAAACAAUGUUUAUGUUGUAAUUUAUAUAGAUUGUAAGGGAGUCAUAGUUUGCUUGGAGAAACUCUAGUAGAAGUAAGAUGGCAGAAUCUGUUUUGAAAGAAAUAAUAGAAGAAGUUGUACAAAAAACUGAAAAUUACUCAAAAGAAGAAAAAAAAUCAGCAGCUAGUGAAGUUGCUUUGAAAUGUGUAGACACUAUAGCAAAACAUUUAAUGACAUUAAGAAAAGAAGAGUUAAAAGAGGUAGUUAGAAAGGAGACCAAAGACUUGAAUGAAAUGGAAUGUGCAUAUACAGAAACUGACAAGGAAAUUGAAAGUGAAAGUGAACCUAGUGAUGAAAUACUCAGUGAUGAGAACAACAAUGACAUGUUAACAACAGAAGACGAGGCUGAAGAUUUUCUCAAACAUGUCCUCAGAGACACAAGUGAUAGUGAUAGUGAUCAAGAUGCUGAAAAGGGAAGUAAAGGUUUUGAACUAUCUGCUGAAGGGUUUGAAAGUAUGGGAGGUCCAUUAAAUGAGAAUGAAACAAGUCUCAGUGUUGCUUCUGCCUUCGGAAGCAUCGUGGAUACUCCUGUCAUGACAGAAUCUGAAAAAAUGUUGAAACAGACAAGCCACAGUGAACUUGGCUUGAAGGUCAAUAGCAUGAAAUCGCCUGUUAUGCAGGAAUCAGAUAGCGCUCUCUCUAAUACUUCUAAUUCUUUUCCUAUUACAUCAGUUAUAAGUGUUAGCAAUGUUGACAAAGAUGCAAAUACAUUAAGUAGCUCCGAUAUUUCGUUGCAACAGACUAAACCAAGCACUGAGGAAAAACCAUCAGAUGCUGAUAUCAACAAUAAUUACUCUGACAACAGUAGUUCCAGUAAUCUGUUCGAUGCUUCAUGUGUAUUCAAAUAUGACUGGGCUAAGUGCUAUAACCCGUAUGUUACAGACAACCGUGAUUUGUCUACCCCAGAUGCGGAAAUGGAAAAUAUCUCACCAGAAUUAUCUUGUUUGAUGCAGCUAAGCCCGACUGCAACUUACGGGAAAGAUCAUGCAAUUGGCUGCCAGAGGUUAUAUUCAAGACAACACCCUCAAACUGUGAGGUCGGGUUCUACUUUGAAUACUCCUGACCCAAUAUUUUAUGAAGACACAGAUUCAAAUGAAUCAAAUAUGGCUAUGUUUAGAAAGUAUAAUGCAGCUGUGACUGAAAAUCCAGUACCCGCUUGGCCAGAUUUGGAUGUGAACAAUGAUUUAGAUGCAAAUGAUGCCAUUAAAGGAACCAAGAGAAAACAUUCUGAUGUUGAUCAUCCGGAUGAAAUUGGUACUUCCCCAAACAUUUUGCCAGAUUCUGUAGUAACAAGUAUCAUGAACCAGGGUCGGCCACCAGAUAUUUCAACGUGGAGGGCAGUAAAUUCAUCAUGUGACACCCAGGGCAACUUCAUGAAUGAUGAUAUUGAUGGACAUUGGAGUAAGCCAACCUGCACUGUCCAACCUUUCCAGAACAAUGGACUCUUCAGCGAUUCUUUGGUAAAUGGAUUUAACAGCUUUGGAACAAAUCAACAACAAGCAAUGUAUACAGCGUCUGUAUAUAACCCUUAUGAGCAUGCAAAUAACUUGAGUGUGUCUCAGCAACCAUACAACCAGUUUAACUCGGUUUCUACAUUGUUGAGGUCUUCGUGCCAGUUUACAACAAACCAGGCCAGAAAUCCCACUAACUAUGCAUCACAGUUAUAUAAUAACAGCUUGCCUAACUCUGCUGCAUACAGAUUAGAUUUUUCAAGUCCUGUAAAUGUUGGUUCACCAGGUGUGUUAAAUUUUGUUUCCCAUCCCCCAUACCUUGGAGUUGAUCUAACUCGACCACUUGCAGUCCAUGCUAAUAGCUUACCAAACACAGAUUAUAAUACUAGUCUAAGGUAUUCCAGUGUUCCAAACAGACAUGGUUUAAACGUAGAUGACUUUAGAAGUUUUUACCAACCUCAUUCACAGGGCUUUCAGCAAGUGUCAUUUAGAAAUCCUUAUUUGAAUCAGUUGAAUCAAAAUCCUCCAAGUGCUACACAGACAUUCGUUGAAAGUCAAGCUAUUAACUCGCAAGGAACCACUUUGGACAGUAUGGUUAAUGUAAGUGAUGAAAAUAAAGAAAUAAACCAAGUUACAACAUCUGGAACAAGAGACUUCAAUAACAAUACAAAUUCAAAUGUCGGUGAAAGUGGUGUGAUGGAAGAAGACCAAACUAGCAUUGUUGGUUGCAAAGAAUGUGAUCUUAUCACAGACAGUAGUAGCAAAAAUGAAAGAAAAGAAGCUGAAAAAUCUAGUGACAUAUCCAAUAAUGUUCUUGGCAAUUUGAAUAUGAAAUCCAGUUCUGAAGAACCACCAGAUAAAGAUACUUCAUCAACAGAUGAUUCUUCAGCCAGCCAUUUGAAAACCCAGGAUAAAGGUGUACAAAGCAAUGAAGCAGAUUCAACAACUAUUGAUCUGACAGGUGAUUCAGUGGAGGACAAAGAAGGUUUUGAUAAUGAAACAGGAGGGAUUGGUUCACCAACUCCAGCUCACAUCUAUCCAAAAAUUCAGAAUAAAUAUUUCACAGAGAUUUACAUGAGGAAAAGCCGGACAAGCUCUCCGAUUACAUCGUUUUGUACGGCUUUGGAUCUUAGUAAGAGAGAGGAGAAAAAGGAUAUGAAGAAAGCAGCAAGGCCAACUGUUCCACAAAAGAUCUUGCCAUAUGGGGAGCCAGAUAUUCCAAUAUCAGCUAUAUUAAAUUCAGUGCAGGCCCCAACACUUGCCUACAGUGGAGCUAUGUUAGUACCCUACAUGAACUCAAUUUUUGCUGCAAUGGCUAACCUGAAUAAAACUCAAACAACAUCUACGUACAGCUCAGUUAGUACCCUGGCAAAUGCUGCUGUAGGUACAAAAAUGGCAGAGACUGUUCAAAACACUCCAAGUGUUUCACCAUUGACUCAAACAAACAAUCUCACCUUAAAUCAACAGGUGCUUAUGUAUUCAAACUUCCUGCAGGCAAGUAGGUCAGCUGUAAGCACUUCCACCACCACAGAGACUACUAGUAACCCGCAGAACACUGGAAAUGGUCAGACAGUCAGUGUUCCAACCGUGAAUGUGAACAGUAUCCCGCUUCCACUGUAUGCUGCUCCAAUACAGUACCCAAUUAGACCACUGGUCCCUGUGGUAAAUCAAAUUGGCAACACACAGGGGCUUGUCAAUCCGUAUAUGUGUAGAUUUAACCUUGGUGUGGUGUGCCACUUCAGACAGCUACAGGUGUGCCAAUUCAGACAGCUACAGGUGUGAAUAUUCCUUUUAAUACUUCUGUAACCCUAGAUACAGCAAACAACAACAC